GAGGACGCGGUGCUGCUGCGGCACGCGCUGAGGCACGGCACGCGGCAGUGGGGGCGGCUGGUGCGAGGCAGGCAGCUCGCGCGCGGCAACAAGGCGUGCUGCAACCGCUUCCUCUUCCUCAGAAAAAGCACGCUGACGUCACGCACCCAGCUCAGCAACUGUUCCAGCAAGGCUCGGCCGUCUCCCCGUCUUCCAGACAGCCACAGCGGCACAUGUGGAGCCGUCCUGACAUGGCGAAGCAAUAUGGCGGGCUGUCAUUGGUCGAGUGCAUGCAGCUGUUCCUCCCACCUGGUCUCCGAGACACCUUGGUCCCAUCUGAUGUUUCACCUGAACAUGCACCUGCUGCUGUUGCUACUGCUGCUGAGAGAGGGCCUGCAGCAGUAGCAGAAGGAGCAGCACAGCAGAGCAUGGCAUCGGUGGCAGCUCACCAAUUGGCCCACAUUUUCCUUCCUAACUCACAUGCCACGGAUUCUCGCACUGUGGAUUCAAACCCGGCACACCUCGUGGAUCGGGGGAUGAAGAGGCUUCGCAAUGACGACGACUCGGGAUUCAGCACCGGCGCCGGCGCCGCUCACAACGGCACGUGUGAAGGGCUGUCGGCCAGGCAGCUUCCGGACAUUGGGGCUGUCGAUGCCUCGGCGGUGCGCUCGCUGCUUCUGCGCGCCGCUGAUAGCCAGACCUUCUCGCAACAGUGCGAGAGCAGUUCCAAGGCAGCCCAAUCUUACCAGUCCCUGCGCGGUCCCUCAUUCCCAUCUUCCGCCCACUGCAGCAGCAUCGGCACACCCACCUCAGGCUCUCUCCCUGCUCUCGACUGGCCUCUCUCCUUUUCAACCUCCCUCUCAUCCUCCUUGGCAUCCUCCCUCGCACCCUCCAUCUCACCCACCCUCGCAACCACCUCUCGGUCCUACCUAGCUGAAACUCUCCCAUCUGCAACCCAAUGGCGGUCAACCACUCGCACGCCGUUCACCUUUGGUCUCACUCAAAGCUCCCGCGUUCUGCACUCCGCCCCUCCUAACACCCUUCCGCCAUCCGUCCGCUCAACCGUCCCUCCUCCUAACACUCCCCCUAUCGGCUACUUCACGGCUCCUCCUCACAACCCGCUCGCGUCCCCUCCCUCCUCAAUGCCCUCUCGUUCCUCUAACUGCUUGUCUGCUGCUCCCUUCACACCCACUUCUCUCAUAACACCUUCAACACUACUGACGCCAUCAGACCCUUCCACCGUCAUCAGCCCUGGCCCACCGCACUCUAUCCCCUCCUUCCCCUCGCUCUCCGCACUCCAGUCUGCUCUCCACAAUCCGCCACCUAAAGCACCUGCCACACUUUCGGACCUAUCUCAGCACUACGCUUCUCAGCACCACUUUUCACAGCGCUACCCUUCCCGCAGUGCCUCACCAAGCAACGCUGCUUCCUCCGCUUCUGUCGACUGCUCCCCGCCCUCCUCACAGACCUCCUCACAAGCCUUCACGCAACACGACUUCCAACCCUCCUCCCAACCUUCGUCUAAAGCCGCAUCCCAUCUCUCCUCCCACCUCACUGUGGUGCCCAUCCCUGGCGUGGAAUCAUUGGCACACACGAGGCCGCACAAGAUGCCUCGGACAAGCCGAGGUGUGUUGCCCCCUGCUGCUCUGGAAUUUGCCCGUUCUUUUUUUUCUGGGCUGCCUGGCAGGGAUGAUCCCCAGAGAUGCGAGAGCAGUGACGGGCACCAAAUGUUAGAGCGCACGUGCGCUGGAGGACGCGGUGCUGCUGCGGCACGCGCUGAGGCACGGCACGCGGCAGUGGGGGCGGCUGGUGCGAGGCAAGCAGCUCGCGCGCGGCAACAAGGCGUGCUGCAACCGCUUCCUCUUCCUCAAAAAAAGCAUGCUGACGUCACACUGCCAGUUCAGCAACAGUCGCAACAAGGCCAGGCCGUUUCCCCGUCCGCUGGCCAACCACAGCGGAACAUGUGGAGCCGUCCUGACAUGGCGAAGCAAUAUGGCGGGCUGUCAUUGGUCGAGUGCAUGCAGCUGUUCCUCCCACCUGGUCUCCUACACACCCCAACACCAUCUGAUGUUUCACCUGAGCAAACACCUGAAUUCAAUCCACCGCCUGCUGCUGUCACUACUGCUGCUGGGAGAGGGCAUGCAGUAGCAGCAGCAGCAGGAGCAGCGGCGACAGCACCACAACAGAGCACCACGGCGGCAUCGUUGACAGCUCACCAGUUGGCUCGCAUUCUCUUUCCCAACUCACAUGCCACGGAUUCACACCCCAUGGAUCGGGGGUUGAAGAGGCUUCGCAAUGACGACACGGGAGUCAGCACCGGCGCCGCUCACACCGCCGGCAUGCGUGAAGGCCUGUCGGCCAGGCAGCGUGAGGACAUUGAAGCCAUUGAUGCCUCGGCUUGCAGCAGCACGCCCACGUUAGGCUCUCUCCCUGCCCUUGACUGGCCCCUCUCCUUUGCAACCUCCCUAUCACCCUCCAUCACACCCUCCUUUGCAUCCUCCAUCUCACCCUCUUGUUCACCCUCCCUCGCACAUUCCCUCUUGCCCAUACACGUGACCACCUCUCGGCCCUACCUAGCACGCCCUCUCUCAUCCGCGUCCCAAUGGUGUUCAACCUCUCUCAGCAUCACGCCUUUCACCUUUGGUCUCACUCAAAGCUCCCGCGUUCUGCAUCCCGCUCUUCCCAACACCCCUUUGCCAUCUUCGACCGUCCCUCCUCCCACCACUCCCCCUGCCUCUCCCCCCACCGCUCCCCUUAUUACUUCAAAUAACCCUCUCACGGCCCCUCCCUCCUCCAUACCCUCUCCCUCCUCUCACUGCCAGUCUGCUGCUCCCUUCACACCCACAUCUCCCGAAACAGCAGCGGCGCCACUCGUCCCAUCAGCCCCUUCCACCGUCAUCAACCGCGGCCCACCACACUCUCUCCCCACCUUCCCCUCACUCUUCGCGCUCCAGUCAGCCCUCCAUACUCCGCCGGUCAAAGCACCUCCCACUCUCUCGGACCCAUCUCACCAAAAACCGUCUCAGCACAACCCGUCUCAGAACCACCUGUCUCAGCGCUACCCUUCCCGCAGUGCCUCCCCAAGCAACGCUGCUUCCUCUGCUUCUGUCGACUGCUCCCCGCCUUCCUCCCAGACCUCCUCCCAACCCUCGUUCCAACACGUCUUCCAGUGCACCGCUGGGGCGGUGGAAUCACAGCAGCUGCAAGCCAUGAGGCUGCACAAGAUGCCUCGGACGAGCCACGGCGUUCUGCCCCUUGCUGCUCUGGAAUUCGCCCGCUCCUUUUUUUCCGGUCUGCCCGGCAGGGAUGAUCAUCAGGGAGGCGAGAGCAGCGACGGGCAGAAAACGUUGGAGCCUGCAUGCACUAGCGCAAGGCAGGACAGCCGUUUCAGUGGAGGAAACGCAGAGACACAGUAUGGAUGUGUGGGGGGAGGUGCAGCAACAGAGCUACCUCCUGAGAUAGUUUCUGCAGCAGCUGCUGCUCCUGGGGUAUCUGCUGCGACUGCUGUGACUGGCACUCCUGAUGUUGAUUCUCCUGCAGCAGCGGCCCUUGCAGCAGCAGCAGAAGGCAUCCGCCAGGGCGACGUAUCCAUCUGGAAGGAUUUUAUCGAGCUGGAAGGCGAGGCGGAGGAGGUGGUGUGCAGUGUGGAGAAGAGGACAGGGCUGACAGUGGGAUCUUUUUGUGAGCUGGAAGAACUCUUUGAGGAGACUGGUACUCUAAUGUAG